AUGGAAGCAAAAAAUAAAACUAAACCAAAAUCUACUAAAUAAAAAGCAAAACUAUAAUAAAUAAUGGCAAUUAGUUUUGAAAAUCUCUAAAAAAAGAGUAAUCCAUCUGAGAAUCAGAAGAAUGCUAUUUAAGAAGAGUAAGAUGAAUCAGCACAAUAGUUUUAGAAAAUUUCUGAAGAUGAAUAUUAAAAUUAAUUAGAUGCUUAUUAUCAAGAAUAAAAUAAAAGAUUUUCAUUUAGUUAACCCUAACCUGAUUUAUAUUAGGUUUCAUUGUAAUAAUAACAAUAAUAAUAUUAACAAUUAUUGAAUAAAUAAUAAUAAAAUAAUGCUCCAGUAUCACCUAAAUAUAAGCAAUCCUAAAAUUAAAACUAAUCUCAAUAAAUUUAUAAUUAAUAAUUGUAACCAUAGUAAUAAGAAUAAAAUAUAAAUGAAUCACAUUUAACAAAUAUAACUUAAUAAAGUCCUGUAUUUAUUCCAUAACUUCCUAUAAAUUAAGUGUUUUAGUAAUAAUUGGAUAAAAGUACUAAAAAAUCAAGUCAUUAACAUGAAGAAUUAUUCUAAAUUAAUUCAUAAUUGGAUGAUAGUUAAGACAUACCAUAAAUGAAAAAAAUGUCUAUAAAAUCUGAACAUAUUAAAAAAUAAUCAAGAUAAAAUAAUUCUAAUACAAAUAAUAUUAGUAAUAUUUUAGAUAAUUUCUUAAGUCAUCGGUAAAAAGUAAAUGAUUAAUCAGGACUCUAUUAAUCAGAAUUAUUUGAAGCACCUUAAUUAUAACAUUUUGGUGCAGGUUAAAAUGAAUAAUCUGUAAUUUAAUAAUAAUCUCUUUUAUAAUCUAUUCAUAAUGAAACUAUGGAAAUUGUAAAAGAUUAAAUUUAAUAAUGUCAUUUUGAUGAUAUAUAUUAAAAUGCAAGAAAAGAUUCUUCUAUGUAUAAAUCUCUUGUGAAUGAUAAAGAUGAAGAAGACUUAGAUAACUUAUUACAAGAUCUAUAUGAAUGUACAACUAAAUAAAUACCAAAGCAAGUUAUUGAAUCAAACCCAAAAUUGGUAAACUAGUAGGUUAAAGAAGUAAUGAAUAAUGUUUUCGAAAAGCCUCCUUAAGAAAAAUUACCAUAAAAUACUAAACCUGUACCAUAUCUAACAGGCAGUAAAAUUAUAAGUGAAUAAAAAAAUGAUAAUUAAAGUCCCAUUUAAAAGAAUAAUUUAUAAGAUGAAGUUGCAAAAUUUUCAACUUAAGAACAAAAGAAAAUUAAUAUUGAAGAUUAUUUUAAUGUAAAAUAACAAUCUUCAUAAAACUAAUAAAGCAACUAAACUGUUAAAACUUAAUAAAAUACGAAUAAUUAAAUAUUUCAUUAUUAGUCUAUUCAGGACAAAUUAAAAAACUCUAUUUAAAUCAAAGAGGUUGAAAAUUAAUAGUAAUAAUAAUAAUUAUAAAUGAGUUUCAAUACUAAACCUUUUUAAAUAAGUUCUACAGAUAGAAAUUACAAAGCUAAAUAAAGUUUUGGUUAUGAACUAACAUUUAGAUAACCUUAAAAACAUUUACUCACUAUAUCACAAUAUCUUUUUAAAUAUUCCAAAUUAAUAUAAGAACCAAAUUUGAAGAGACUUUCAGAAAUUAAAAUUGAAGCUGUUACAGAUAAUAAUAAAAAUCAUUUUAUAUAAUGCGAUUAAUAUGAUGCUUAAUAAUUUAAAAAAUUAUUAAAAGAAAAAGAUCCUGAAUUUUUUUAAUUAUGUUCGACAAAUUUUAUACUUUUCGAACAGGGAGACAUAAAUGAAAAUAAUUCAGCUUGGACAAAUUGCUAUAUGUUAUCUGAAAAUUUAAAAUCUUAUUUAUUUUCUUUAGGAUUUAUUGUUGAUGAUGUAAAUCUUUAAAGUAUUUUAAAAGAAACUUAUUUAUAUUAAGAAAAAAAUAGCAAAGAUAAAUACUAAUUAGAUUUGGAUGCAGCCUUUUAUAGUGUGUAUUUAUCAUUUAAAUUGAUUUAUCCAGAUUUUGAUAAAUUAUUGGAAGUUGUAAAACUUUUUUCAGAUCCAGAAACAAAUCUUAUUGAAAUAUCCACAGCAAAAAUAGUAUUGAAUAAAAUGAUGGAUGAAUAGUAGAUUAAUAAUAUCUUUAAAUGGCCAGAUUCCUCUAUUAAAUAUGAUUAAUUAUUUAAAGUGUUAACUUUAUUACCUUAUUGA